AUGAGCACUGAAAGCAUGAUCCGGGAUGUGGAGCUGGCUGAGGAGGAGCUCCCCAGGAAGACAGGAGGCCCCCAGGGCUCCAGGAAGUUCUGGUGCCUCAGCCUCUUCUCCUUCCUCCUCAUUGCGGGAGCCACUACACUCUUUUGCCUGCUGCACUUCGGGGUGAUCGGUCCCCAGAGGGAAGAGUUCUCAAAUAGCCUGCAGCUGUUUAACCCUCUGGUUCAACCCCAGACACUCAGAUCGUCUUCUCGAACCCCAAGUGACAAGCCUGUGGCCCAUGUUGUAGCAAAUCCCGAAGCUGAGGGGCAGCUCAAGUGGCUGAAUAAGGUCGCCAACACCCUCCUGGCCAAUGGUGUCAACUUGACAGACAACCAGCUUGUGGUCCCUUCAGACGGGCUAUACCUCAUCUACUCCCAGGUCCUCUUCAAAGGCCAAGGCUGCCCUUCCAACCUCUUGCUCCUCACCCACAACAUCCGACGCUUUGCUGUCUCCUACCAGAAAUAUGUCAACCUCCUCUCUGCCAUCAAGAGCCCUUGCCAGAGGGAGACCCCUGAGGGGGCAGAGGCCAGGCCCUGGUAUGAGCCCAUCUACUUGGGAGGGGUCUUCCAACUGGAGAAGGGCGACCGACUCAGCGCCGAGAUCAACCUGCCCAGCUAUCUCGACUUUGCCCAGACCGGGCAGGUCUAUUUUGGGAUUAUCGCCUUAUGA